AUGAAGCUUUCGGCAGCUGUGUCUCCAGAUGCGCACACUACCAAGGCCAAAGAAACUCCUACCAAGCCACCUGGCGAGAAGAGCUCCAAGAAGCCACAGCCGCAAACUCAGGCUGUGCCAGCGACGACUCAAAUCCUCAUGCAUUACUUGAGUGUGUCCGGCGUGCGACUUUAUCUGGCCGGUGCUUUCAUCACAGUAUGCUACCAAUGCUUGAAUGCGGCGCAUUCGUGGUGGCUGACACAGUGGACAUCGGAUGACAGCAGCAAUUCGGCCCCGAGCACAGCCGCCCUCUGGAACGUGUCGCUCUACCUUUUAAUCACCAUCUUUAAUGUCGUGUCUCUCGCUUCUCAAGCUCUGGUGUUCGCUACGGUCGGGAUGGCUGCCUCGAGGGCUAUCUACGGGAGCUUGAUCCGAAGCGUCUUGACAGCCACUGUAUCCUGGAUCGACUCGACCCCCUUUGGACGGCUUUAUCAGAUAAUUGAUACGGAUAUGCAUCUAAUUGAUGACCUGAUUGCACCUGCAUUCAAUGGCAUCCUAGGCACAGUUAUCAAUCUUGGAAACAUCAUUGCGGUCAGGUACGAUAGCCCGAGGACCUCACUUUUAACCAUGUUAAGCUGA